AUGGCAGACCUGGACAGUGCAAAACUUCUAUGGACACCCGAAGGUACACACGAGACGCGAACAGCUCAGUUUAUGCGCAAAGUCAACGCCAAAUAUGGACUUUCUUUAAGUAGCUAUGACCAACUUUGGUCAUGGUCGACCGAGAACAUUGCGGAAUUUUGGGACUUGGUGUGGGAGGACACCAAUAUUAUUGGAGACCGAGGCCCAUAUGUUAUUGAUAGAAGUGCUUUGCCGGCAGACAAUCCAGAAUGGUUCAUCGGCUCACAGGUCAACUGGGCGGAGAACGCGCUUUGGUGCCGCUCUCCAGACAAGAUUGCUAUUAUAGAGGCAGUCGAACCCACUCCGGACCUUGCCAGUUCCCCACUUCGUGAAAUAACAUAUGCCGAACUUUACACGAAGGUAGCCGAUAUCGUCUCUGCGCUUAUCGAGCAUGGCGUGAACAAAGGGGAUAGGGUUGCAUCCUAUUCAUCUAAUUGUAUCGAAACGGCCGUUGUUUGCCUGGCCACCGCGGCAAUUGGCGCUUUAUGGGUUAGCGCUGCAGCUGAUUUUGGACCUGACGGAGUGCUUGAGAGAUUCGAGCAGGUCAAACCCAAGAUUAUAUUUGCCGUCAACUCUGUAUCGUAUAAUGGAAAACGCCACCCCCAUGUCCCUAAGCUGAAGUCGCUCUUGGCUGGGCUGCAGGAAAGGAAAUCGGAAUCACCUAAAGUUGUCAUAAUUGACACCACGCGCGGUACCUCUUCGAAUUCCGACCUGGAUCAGUCAUGGGAGAAUUGGGAGUCGUUUGCUGCACGAGGUGCCUCCUCAAAGGCUGGGCGGAAUGAGAAGGGAGAAAUCAUUUGGACCCGAGUCGAUUUCAACCACCCCUUAUGGAUCAUGUUUAGCUCCGGAACUACAGGCAAACCAAAGCCAAUUGUUCAUCGUACCGGCGGCAUGCUCAUCCAAUCUCGCAAGGAAUUAUCGAUUUGUGCUGACAUGAAGCCCAGUGAUGUGUUUUUCUAUUAUACCACAACUGGAUGGAUGAUGUAUCAAUUCCUCAUGGGUGGUCUCGGCGUGGGAUGCACGAUUCUACUGUACGAUGGAAGCCCCUUGCGGGACCCAUCGUGCCUUUGGCGGAUGGCAGAUGAAUGCAAGAUCACUAUUUUUGGGACUAGUGCCAAAUACCUUGACCAACUUGCGAAAGGGUAUAAACCCCGAGAACAUCACGACCUCUCCAGUGUACGACACAUAUAUUCGACUGGCUCUCCCCUGGCACCCCAACAGUUUGACUACGUUUAUGAGCAUAUAUCUAAGAAUGUGCUCUUGGGCUCUAUCACAGGUGGCACAGAUAUUUGCAGGUCUGUGUUAAGCCCUUCCCUUGUCAACCGGCUGGAUUUUGGCCACUACCUGGAUAUGGAACAGAUGAAGAAGUGGCAUAUGGCACAUGGCGACUACGUUCGUAUCACUACGAACGGUGGAGUUGUUAUGUUGGGUCGUAGCGAUGGUGUUCUCAACCCUGGAGGGAUUCGAUUUGGGUCGAGCGAAAUCUAUGAAGUCUUGGACCGGAGUUUCUCGGCAGGUGCCCAGCCCCUUAUUCUCGACUCCUUAGUCAUAGGACAGUCUAUCCAAGGAGGCGCAGACGAACGCGUGAUAUUAUUUGUCAAACUGCCCGAAGGUGAAACGCUUUCGGACGACUUGCGCAAGCGUAUCCGAGAGGAAAUUCGGAAAAAGCGCAGUCCGAGGCAUUGCCCCGAAAAGAUUUUACAGGUACACGGAGAAAUUCCGCACACGUUGAAUGGAAAACGGGUUGAAGUUCCUGUCAAAAGGAUCAUUAAUGGGGCGCUCAAGUCCACUAUCAAUCCAGCAACUCUUAGAAAUCCUGAGUGUCUUGAUGAGUUUGUGAAAUAUGGUCAAGAGCUAAGAGCUGAAACACUCGUGAUACCUAGCGAAUACACGAGCUUCAUUCCUUUCGGCAUAAUUGUAUCGAUUAUGACUUUUAUUAUUUUGACUACCCUCAUUUUCCUCGCUCGUGCUCAAAGAAAUUUUAUGAUAGCUCAAGUACGAUCGGAGCUUCUCUUUGUCGGCCUGCUUGGGUUUAUGUGGUUUGCACUUGGCUUGUACACAUCCACUGGCGUCUUGGCAGAUAUCGAGGUCGAAUGUACUGAUGGAGACGAAGAUGGAGAGUGGGAUCCUUCUGAGGCCUUGCUCGCCCAGUACCGAGUCGUAAAAGGAUUUGCCUUCUUCAACGCAAUUUUAUUGCUAGCAUACGUUCUCUUCCUGCUGAUAAUGUGUAUUCGACACCACAAUGCCGGUCGCAAACAAGUUUGGACAUCCCGAGUACCAACGUUCCCUUGGUUCUUCUUUGGGCCAGUCAAACCGGGCCAAUCCCAAGAAAAACGUACUGCAGCUACUUCCGCUCUCCCUGCCCCUGUUACUGCCGCUCCUCGCCGUGCCGCCCAUCAUAAUUCUCGCCCGACCCAUGUAUCCCGUCCUUCAGAACAGCCACUGUUGGCCGAUUUGUCUCAUCUGCAACCAGGCGAAUCGCGCAUGGUAUACAUUCCUCCCCCUCAACCCGGAGCGAAUCGCUAUGGUGCGGCCACUGUAGGACGCUCCGGAUCUAAGCAGAGCACUUCUUCAUCGACUAGACCUCUCAUGGGCGGUAACUUAUCGCGCGACCCAUCCAAGUCAACAACUACCUCCUCGAGAACAGACCCUUAUACUCCAGCUUAUGCUCCAAGACGAGCUGGCUCUGGAGCCACGCGAGCAAGCUCGAGCAGACCUCCAAGGACCACGACUGGUGCAGAAGGUGGCCUAUCUCGUGCAGGUACAGGCGGCUCCUCCCGACCUGGAGUAUCUAGGUCGGGUACUACAGAAACCCGACCCGGGGUCUCCAGGUCUGGUACCGCAGAGACUCGACGUGGGACUACGGACACCAUCGUAUUUGUGGGAGCGAGUAUUGUGCUUGGGAUAUGCGCAUACCUCACCAGUCGUUUGUUUUCUACUGGCAUUCAUGACUUUCUCAUUUUCUCUUUGGUUGUAUCUGCAUUCACCAUCGUUAUCUUUGUAUUAUUGGCUCUGCGUUCUCAACCAAGGAUAGAUGCAGCAGUCUUGUUCAUACUGGUUGUACUAUGGCUUACGAUGGGAGCAUACUCACAAGAUGUAAUCGGUCACGUAUUUUGUUAUUCGUUGAGAGGGAACACAAUUCCAGCAAAGAACGACACAACUAUGUCCGCGGAAAAGUACUGCCGCCAAAUGAAGACUGUCCUCGCCUUCUCAUGGGCAAAUUUCGUGUUUCUUACCCUAUGGCUAGUUGGACUACUCACCGUUAUCAUCAAAAUCUAUGCAAGGGGGAACCGUGAUAUUUGGGGAAACUCUAUGUCUGAAGUCUCAAUCUUGACAGAGAGGCCUAUCAAUAAAACAGGAGACUAUCCCAUAGCAGGGGAUUACCCCAUGGGCACCAGCACCAAUCUGCCUAAUGCACCCGGACAAACAUUUGUGUAUUACCCAAGUCCUCCAAACAUAAGCGGGCCUCUUCAACCCCAGGUUAUUCAACAGCAACCUGGGCACUCGGUCAUCAUCCGAAAUGGCCAAGUCACCCAAGUCCCUGGGAGCGUUGUGUUUCGCGUGUUUGCUGCCGUCUUUGUGGGCUCUAUUGUUGUGCUUGCAUUAUCUGCUUACCUCGCUAGUGUCCUGUUUUCCACCGAUAUCCAUGACUUCCUUAUAUUCUCUUUGGUUGUUUCUGUAGCCAGUCUAGUUAUAAUUUUGGCGCUUUCCCAACGUUCCCAACCAAGGAUCGAGGCAUGGGUUCUAUUUAUAAUAGCUGUGCUAUGGUUAACAAUGGGAGCGUAUUCCCAAGACGUGAUUGGCUAUCAACGCUGCUAUGCUAUGAGAGGACAAACGGUUCCAACAAGUAAUAAUGCGACGAUGUCUGCAGAAAGCUACUGUCGCCAAAUGAAGGUUGUCUACCCUUGCCUUCUCAUGGGCGAUUUUCGUGCUGCUUACUAUUUGGUGGAUCAUAUUGCUGUUGUCGUUGACAAACUCUACGCAAGCGGAGACCAUGACAUUUGGACUGGCCCUAUGUCCGACGUUAUGAUGCCCGGCGAGGAUCCUAUUCCUAAGCCAGAACCGGAAGCUUAUCCUCCUAGGGGUAGGGGCGUCAGCCCACGGCCUCCUAGUGCACAUAGGCAACCAUAUCAGUACCCAUACUAUUCAAAUCCCCCCAGUACCAGCGGUUCUAUCCAUCGUCAGCAGCUCGUUCAACAGCUACCCGGACACUCGGUCGUCGUACAAAAUGGGCGCGUUCAUCAGGUCGCAGGGAGCGUUAUAUCUGCUUAA